AUGAACUCACAAUGUUCGCCGACCUCGCUCAAAAGAAGCACCGAGUCGAGGAACGACUUGAAGCCGUUUACCGAUUCGAACACUGGCAGAGCUUUUGGACUCAAGUAUUCAAAGAUUGUCAUCAUCACCAUCGACGAUGAUGAUAUCCUGCAACAUCCCCGAGUUGCUGCCAACCUCCCUUCAGUUCCCCCGGCUGCUACCAAUGUCCCCCAAAUUCCCCCAUUUGUUGGUCUUCGCCGCCAAGGUCUCUCAAUGUUCGAUAUCAUCAGCCUGUCGCCGCACGUCAACUGUCGUCAACCUGGUGUGAACAUGGCCGCACAGGGAGAAUUUGCCAGAGAAGUGCUCAUUCCUACAUUGUUGUAG